CCUGAAGGCGGAAGUCCGAGCAUCAACAACCCCUACGUCAGUGAUUUUUUUUUUUUAGGAGACAGACGUGAACGUUGUUGAGGUUAAUUUGUGUGUUUUAAACAGAAACCUCUAGCUGCCAUGUCUUUGUUUGGGAAGUUGUUCGGGAGCGGGGGGAAAGGGGACAAAGCCCCGAGUCCUCAGGAUGCGAUCCAGAAACUCCGCGAGACGGAGGAGAUGUUGUCGAAGAAGCAGGAAUUUUUGGAAAAGAAGAUUGAGGCGGAACUGCUAACAGCGAAGAAGAACGGCACGAAAAACAAACGAGCUGCCCUCCAGGCCCUGAAGAGGAAGAAGCGUUAUGAAAAGCAGCUGGCUCAGAUCGACGGCACUCUGUCCACCAUUGAGUAUCAGCGAGACGCUUUGGAGAACGCCAACACUAACACAGAGGUGCUCAAGAACAUGGGCCUCGCCGCCAAGGCCAUGAAGAACGCUCACCAGAACAUGGAUAUAGACAAAGUGGACGAGCUCAUGCAGGACAUCACAGAACAGCAGGAGCUGGCACAGGAGAUCUCCGAUGCUAUUUCAAAACCAGUCGGCUUUGGAGAAGAGUUUGACGAGGAUGAAUUGCUCGCUGAACUGGAGGAGUUGGAACAGGAGGAAUUGGACAAUACCCUGCUGGAAAUUGGUGGCCCAGAGAAUGUCUCACUGCCCAGCGUGCCUUCAACCUCAUUACCUUCCCAACCAGCUAAGAAUAGAAAGGAAGAGGAUGAAGAUGAUAUGGAGGAGCUGAAAGCUUGGGCAAUGUGAACCAAGCCCAAACAUCCGGACUGUCUAAUCACUCGCUGUGGUGGACUGAUGUUCAGAGUCGACUCGAACACCUUCGGAGAGUUAACGUUGCAAAAACAAUUGUCUAGGAAAUUGUAGCUCCAAUUAAUGGCUUAGGUCCAGAAACAAAACAAACAAACAAACAAAAAAAACUGUCCAUAGGGAUGUAAAGGAGGCUAUGAAAGCAAAACAAACAAUCAGAUGAAAUUUUAUUCGUGAAACAAUUUGGCUAAGGUUUGUUUAUGGAUAUUUUGAUGUUCUUCUCCUAUUGUUGCUCAUUUUCCCUUUUGAAAUUGGAAUGUAAUCAUACUGAACCCACUUAGACAUCUACCUCUAUCUGUUUAUUAAACACCUACAGCAAGUGGGAUUCAUGUCAUCCCCAUAGUCUGUUUGGUAAGUAUCAGGAUUACGCCAAUCCACUCAUAGCUUUGUGUUUUCAUGGUGAUGACAUCACUUGUGUAUAUACAAGCAUCGCGUCUUUUGCAUGCUUGAUUUGAGAGCCUCCAUUUUAAAGCAUCUCCACUGACUGUUAUGAUACAGGGAAUAGUUUUGGGUCUGAUAAUAUUCUAAGGUUGAUCUCAAAGUGCUUUUGUUUUAGAAGCUUUAUUUAAACAUCCAGAGUUGUUUUGAUAUAUAUAUAUAUUUUUUUUUUAUAUUUCAUUGAUCAUAGAUUCUUACAUCAAAAAAAGAUUUAAAAAAUGCAUCACAAAUAGUUACAGCCCACAAUUUCUUCACUGACAUCUCAACAAAGUGCUGUAUCUUACCUGAAACUAUCCUGCUGAAAUCUCAAAGCACGUCAAUCUGAUGUAUCACUUUUCAUUAGGGUGGAAGGGUUAUAAAGUUGGAAGCAAACUCUAAAGCUAAUUUGUUUAUUUGAAAAGAUCCCUAGGAAUACAUGGACUUACUAUAUCUUUUGUAAAGAACCUGAAAUGUAACAGCAAGGUGUGUCAUGUGUACAUUUGUAUGUUUGAGAUUAUUCAGAUAAGACUUUUAUUUGAGAGAUCAUUAAAAUGUUCGAUUCUU